CCCCCACCCCCCCGGCUUUCGGCCGCUUCCCCGCCUCGCCCUGCCGGCGCCCUCCCCGCGGCGCGGCGGGCUGCGGGUUAGCUGCGGGGCCAUGCCGGCGGGGCCGCCGCUGCUGCUGCUGCGAGGCGCCUUCCUCCUCCUCCUCUUCCUCCUCCUGCUCUUCCUCGGCUCCCCGACCCGGGCUGCUGUCUACACCAACCAUUUCUUGGUGGAGCUGCACGCCGGGGGCCAGGCGGAGGCCGAGCGGCUGGCUGCGGAGCACGGCUUCGGCGGGGUGCGCAAGCUCCCUUUUCUAGAUACUGGUUACUUCUUUUAUCACAAUGGCAUUGCCAAGGCCAGGAGAAGACGCAGUCUUCAACACAAGCUUCACCUGGAAAAGGACUCCAGGGUAAAGAAAGCUGUGCAACAGGAAGGCUUCAGCAGAAGGAAGAGAGGAUAUAGAGAUAUCAAUGACAUUGACAUCAACAUGAAUGAUCCUUUAUUUACAAAGCAAUGGUAUCUGAUUAACACUGGUCAAGCAGAUGGGACUCCUGGACUUGACCUUAAUGUAGCUGAAGCAUGGGAGCUGGGAUACACGGGGAAAGGAGUUACCAUAGGAAUUAUGGAUGAUGGAAUUGAUUAUCUGCAUCCUGAUCUUGCCUCUAAUUAUAAUGCCCAAGCCAGCUACGACUUCAGCAGUAAUGAUCCCUACCCUUACCCCCGCUACACAGAUGACUGGUUUAACAGCCACGGGACAAGAUGUGCGGGAGAGGUGUCUGCUGCUGCCAACAACAACAUCUGCGGUGUGGGAGUUGCGUACAACUCCAAGGUGGCAGGUAUUCGAAUGCUCGACCAGCCCUUUAUGACAGACAUUAUUGAGGCUUCCUCUAUCAGUCAUAUGCCCCAAGUCAUAGAUAUAUACAGUGCCAGCUGGGGACCAACUGAUAAUGGAAAGACCGUGGAUGGACCUAGAGAGCUAACACUGCAAGCGAUGGCAGAUGGUGUGAACAAGGGCCGGGGUGGGAAAGGAAGCAUCUAUGUCUGGGCUUCUGGAGAUGGGGGCAGCUACGAUGACUGUAACUGUGAUGGUUAUGCAUCAAGCAUGUGGACAAUCUCCAUCAAUUCCGCUAUAAAUGACGGACGGACAGCUCUGUAUGAUGAAAGCUGCUCUUCAACCCUAGCCUCCACCUUUAGUAAUGGGAGGAAGAGAAAUCCGGAGGCUGGUGUGGCUACCACAGACUUGUAUGGCAACUGCACCCUGCGUCACUCAGGAACGUCUGCAGCUGCCCCUGAAGCAGCCGGAGUGUUCGCCUUGGCCCUGGAGGCUAACUUGGAUCUGACAUGGAGAGACAUGCAGCAUCUGACAGUCCUCACCUCCAAAAGGAACCAGCUUCACGAUGAAGUUCAUCAGUGGCGCAGAAAUGGCGUUGGGCUGGAAUUCAACCACUUGUUUGGCUAUGGUGUCCUAGAUGCAGGAGCGAUGGUUAAGAUGGCAAAAGACUGGAAGACCGUUCCCGAGCGAUUCCACUGUGUUGGGGGGUCAAUACAGGAGCCUGAAAAGAUACCACCAAGUGGCAAGCUGCUCCUCACACUUACAACUGAUGCUUGUGAGGGGAAGGAAAAUUUUGUCCGUUACCUUGAACACGUCCAAGCAGUAAUAACUGUGAAUUCAACUAGGCGAGGAGACCUCAACAUCAACAUGACCUCGCCGAUGGGAACAAAAUCUAUUCUACUGAGCCGGCGUCCCAGGGAUGACGACUCCAAGGUGGGUUUUGACAAAUGGCCUUUCAUGACCACACACACUUGGGGAGAAGACCCCCGAGGCACCUGGGUCCUAGAGAUUGGGUUUGUCGGCGGUGUGCCACAGCGGGGCGUGCUGAAGGAGUGGACACUGAUGCUGCAUGGGACCCAGAGCGCACCCUAUAUAGACCAAAUAGUAAAAGAUUAUCAGUCCAAACUGGCCAUGUCCAAGAAGGAAGAGCUGGAAGAAGAAUUAGACGAAGCAGUGGAGAGAAGCCUGAAGAGUAUACUGAGCAAGAACUAGUCUGUUCUGCAUGAUGGUGUCUUUCCUUUCCCAGAUCCCUCUAUUCACCUUUCUACUAUCCAAACCUCUGUGUUAGACAUAUUACAAUGAUCGUCUCUGUAGCCAAAUUAUCACACUUUCUUGAUUUUAAAGUCUUAUAUCUUGUCAAUAAUUAUUUUAAUUACCACUGAAGCAAUCAUUUUUUUACUCUAAACCACGAAUAUAUUGUCCCCCACCAAAUACUAUGUACAGUUUGUGACUGUAAAUGAUUUUUCUUCUGUGUCAUACAAAUAGGUAAUACCUGCAAACAUGUUUAUGGCUUUUCCCUUCAUAUUUUUGUGAUACAUGUUGUUUGUAUUAAAAAAAAAAAAAAGAAAGAGUGAAUUUUAACAUUGGCAGUUGGUGAUAAUGGGUGCAUUUAAAAAAUAUAUUGUGAGAGAGGGAAUCACAAAGAGUUUGGUUGGCUGGAGAGGUCUUUGAAUGUCUAACAGCUCCUUUUGCAUCAUGGACUUCAGUGGGACUUUCCCCCUGGGUUCAACCAAAGUAGCACUAGACCCUAUAAAAAGAAAUAAUCCACAGAUGUAGAAAAAUUACCCAUCCAAUUUGCAGAACCUAAUUCUUCUCAGAGCAUUCUUUAGUAUAUACACUUACACGACAUACACACUAGCACUUCAGCUGCAGAAUGGUUCAACAAGCAUGCAAUAAGGAAGGCCAGGUGAUGCUAAAGCCAGGUGACAAGAAGUGCAUUGCAAACAGGGUCAGGGCAUUCUAGAAGCACAAAUUUCAAGAGCUUUUUUUGUUUCUUUUUUGUUUAGUUUACUUUUGGCUUUUGUUUAUAAAGUUGGCAAGUUAAAUCAAUAUACCAUCUUACAGCAGCAUAAGCACAUAGGGAAAGCACAGACCCCUGUUUUCUGGGGUUUGCAAACCUGGCUGUCAGUAAAUUGCUGUGGGAAAAUUUGAAGUAUGCAGCUUCAGUCCCAGAGCAAUUUUUUAUUCAGAUUUCAUUAAAAAGAAAAAAAAAAAGAAAAAAGUUAUUUUUGUGUUAUACAAAUAUAUUUAAGGAGAAAAAUAUGCCUACAUUAUUUACAUGUAAUGCAGAGUUGGCCUUCUUGGGAAAUAAAAUGUAGUAUGUUUGGGAAGAUUUGUCAGUAAUCAUUGCUCUUUGGCAUUUAAAGAGUCAGUCCCAUCUUCACUUCUCAUAUGUGAGUAAAUUCAGUCUCUCCUGCCCAUGGAGUCUGCUCUGGCUAUUGCCACAAGACAUAACGUUCCCUCAAGGGGGAUUCCUCAUGCUAACAACCACUACAUGUUCUCAGGUGUGAGAUCCCAAUUUGAACGUUUGAAUAAUAAAGGGUCUUGAUUUUGCAAAUGCUUAGGCACUCACAGUAAAAUCCGUGAACCUACUCAAAUACUAAUUUUAAGCAGGUGCUUAAGAUGUUUGAGGAUCCAAGAUCUACUUUUUAGCAGUGACUGGUUUCAGAGUUUUAUUAUGUAUUUUUAAUAUACAGAGUAUUCAUCUAAAGUGUUUUAAUAAGAGUUUUCCUGGGUAAUCAGGUGCAUUGUGGUAGAAACGUAUUCAGUAAGUAAAUAUUUAUCUAACAAAUCAAAAAUGCAACCCAAAGGUUAUAUGGUGCAUACAUUUAAUUGAAGAAUGUAUAAUUUAUUCUGUUAUUUCAAGUGAAUAUCCAUCUUUUAUCCUUUCACAAGGCCUGUUCUUUCCUUCACAAAUCCAAAUGCAAAUAAACAGCUCAACCUACUUGAA